AGCACGGAAGCCCAGACGUGCUGGGGGGGGGCCCGCGCGUGGGCACCGAGGGGCGCCGCAUGUGGCCGCCCUGCAGCUCGGGGCCGGGCUGCGAUGGUGCAGUGGGUAUGUCCGUCCUGCCGCUUUCGCAACAAGGCGACCUUUGCGGUGUGCGGAGGCGGCGGGCCCAUGGGGUGCAAGCUGGCCAAGCCGAGCGGGCUCGACGAGGACACGGGAGUUACGGUGCGGCGAAGCCGGAGAGGCAGGAGCGGGGCUCCGCCCCCUAUCCGCUGGCUGCAGCCGCAGGUGACAAGCCAUCGGCUAGUACCUCCGAGAGUCAGGGGGAAGCAGCUGCGGCUGCCGCGGCCCUUGCUGUCGCUGCUCGAGCCGCCGCGGCCACCUGCGAGCUGCCCAAGCUGACCGCCGGAGCUGGUGCGGGCCAGACGCUGUACCCUGCGCCCAGCAGCAGCGUCGUCCUCGACGACCCUCUCGCUCAGAUUGUGCAGGCUGCGCAGAUGGCCGAGCUGGCGCAGGAGCCGUGUCCGAGUCCGUGCGCGCGAGGUGUGGUUGCUGGACUCGCCGCCGGCGGACAAUCACGAGCAAGAUGGCCCCGGAUACCGAAUGGCAGGCACAACGGGUUUUCUGCACAAUGGCUCCGAUGAUCGCGCCCCGCUUUGGCGGAAUCGGUUUUUCGCCUUUUCAGGUGCGGCCUUGCCACCGGUUUUCGCGAAUGGGCGUCGCGCGCCGCGUCCAUGCGGAAGUGCAGCCGUCAGGAUCAAUCUGCUCAGCGCUGGGGUGAAUCCGGCAUUUCGCUUGCUGAAGCGCGCUGUGUGCGCCGCGCCCCAUUCCCGCCCAGUUUCACGGAGGAGG